UGUUUGUUUCUUCUUAAUCAAAAGUUCAGAAAAACAUAGUAAGACUUUCCUUUGAGAAUUUGCUGAAAUGUGAUUCUUGAAAACUUGGGAACAUAUUGGAUAAUGAAAACAUCAUCAGUUAAACAUAGCUAUCAGCUGAAGUUAAAUUAUUUUGUAGCUUUUGCUUUUUUACUUUUUAUGCUUUUAAUUUAGUAUCUCUUUUGUUGUCAUCCUUGUUUUCUUUUGUUUUGUUUAGUUAAAAGGAGCAACAUGAUCUGAAUUAUAGCCAUUAGCAACUUAAAAAAAGCCUCAAUCUUUACAUUAAGGCAGGAAACAUGGAACUCAUGCAUCUAAUGGAGAGGCUUAGGCCUAUUAUGGGCUUAAAAAACUGGGAUUACUGUGUUUUAUGGAAGUUGAGUGAAGAUCAAAGGUUUCUUGAAUGGAUUUGUUGCUGUUGUGGUGGAGCUGAGCAAAAUAUGCAUAGCUGUGAACAAGAGCUACUUUUCCCUGAUUCUUCUACCUCACCUUGUAGAGAUGUUAUGUUUCAGCAUCCAAGAACAACUGCUUGUGAUUUACUGGCUCAGCUGCCUUCUUCUCUAGCACUAGACUCCGGGAUUUAUGCACAGGCCUUGCUUUCUAAUCAAGCAAAAUGGGUGAACUUUGUACCUUUCUCAGAAUCAAAUGUGUCUAAUGAAAUAAUUGGAACCAAAGUUUUGAUUCCAUCUCCUCUUGGAUUGCUUGAGUUAUUCGGUGCCAAACAACUACCAGAAGAUGAGAAAGUCAUAGACUUUGUCUCAACUCAAUGCAACAUCUACUUGGAGCAGCAUAAAUUCCCAUCAAAUGGAGAUGACAAUACAAAUUCCCAAAAUCUUUAUCAGCAAAUAGUCUCCCCUGUUACAUCAAGAGACCAUUCAGAUCAAUUAUCAUAUGAUUUCCCUCUUAAAAGAAAAAACCUGGAUACUUCUUCAAUGAACUUCCUUCCACAUUUCAAUACUUACAACACCUCAGAAAUCGAAAACAACACAACGACAAUGUUAUUCGAUCAGAACACAAGCGAUGUGACACAUUUUUCAACUUCAAUGGAGAAUAAGUACAUGAGUGAAAUGGAUGCUUAUUUACAGAAGCAAAUGAUGAGAAAUAGUAGUAAUCAAACUGGAUUAAUUGAUGAUGAAUCUGUUAAACAACAUGAUAAUGGAAGAUCUAAUUCGGGAUCGGAUAGUGAUCAAAAUGAAGAUGAAGAUGAUCCUAAGUUUAGAAGGAGAAAUGGAAAGGGUCAAUCCAAGAAUCUUGUGGCUGAAAGGAAAAGAAGGAAGAAACUUAAUGAAAGGCUCUAUGCUCUUAGAGCUUUGGUUCCCAAAAUUUCUAAGUUGGAUAGAGCUUCAAUACUUGGAGAUGCUAUUGAAUAUGUGAUGGAAUUGGAAAAGCAAGUGAAAGAUCUACAGCUUGAGCUUGAAGAACAUUCAGAUGAUGAUCAGGGUGGUAGGAAUCAGAACCAGGUUCAGCCUGAGGUUUUAGGCCAAAAUGGAAGUGAUCAAAAUAACAGGCCUAAAUCAGAAAAUGUAAAACUUUCAAAUGGAAGUCAUACAGGAAUAUCAGCUAAUUCCAAUGGCAGCAUUGAUCCUUCUAGACAAAAUCAAGAGGUAGAAGACAAUGACAAACUGCAGCAAAUGGAGCCACAAGUGGAAGUAGCACAAUUGGAUGGGAAUGAGUUCUUUGUGAAGGUGUUUCGAGAGCACAAGGCAGGUGGAUUUGUGAGGAUAUUGGAGGCUUUGAACUCAUUGGGCUUGGCGGUUACAAAUGUAAAUGCAACUAGGCAUACUUGUUUGGUAUCAAGUAUCUUCAAAGUAGAAAAAAGGGACAAUGAAAUGGUUCAAGCUGAUCAUGUGAGGGAGUCCUUGCUAGAGCUGACAAGAAACCCUAGUAAAGGGUGGUCUGAAAUGGGUAGACCAUCAUCAGAAAAUAAUGCAAAUGGAAGUACAAAUUAUCUCCAUAAUAAUCAACAUCAGCACCACCUUGAGAAUAAUCACCAGAAGCAAGCUGCCAAUUCUCAUCACUUCCAUCGACACCAUCACAUGUAAUAACCUAGUAAUAUUUGUAACGUACGUGCUUUUUUAGCGCGUAAGUACUCCUUAUUUAGUUUCAAUAUUUUGCAAAAUAAGACAGAUUUGUUAGAA